AUCAACUCUUCUAUCCUCAUUCACGACUAGCGGAAAAUUUGUGAGGACAAAAAUGAUGAAAAUUCGCCUGUGUACUCUCAAAUGCCUUGUUAUCUUACUUGGGGUUGCAAGUCUGAUGAUAAUUGCAGGAAGGAAUUUGUAUCAAGAAUCAUUUGUAACGGAAGACAGCAAUAUUUUCAAGGAGACGCAGGUUGCAAAGCAAUUUUUCAACCCCCUAGGGACGUCUUGUAAGCCAGAGCCUCUACUUGACAGCAUAGCAAGGCUAAACGGAAUGUUUGAUGAUCUCAAGACAUUCGUGAUGUUUAUUGGAUACUCACAGACUAUAGAGAGUCGUACUGGCGCCAUAUUGGAUGCGCAUCCUCAGAUUAUCCUUCCGCAAGAGUACGAUGUCUUAGGGAACUGGAAAAUGUAUCAAAACAAGAAGCUCAGGGAACGCGGCAAGCAAAAGUAUAUGCUGUUUUUCUUCUUGCAUUAUCUUUCCACUUUUCAAGCUAUUUUUCGAAACCAAGCUAAUAAACCAAGCCAGUUCUGGGUAUGGACAUCCAAAGUCGAGAGUGCUCGGUAUUACCCACUUUCUGAUACAUGGCAGGGGAUAACAAAUGGCAAGAUUAAGGUUAUUGGUGACACCAGUAGUGGUUCAACCACUAGACAACUUACCAGGAACCAAGGAAACUUUACCGUUCUUGAAGACAUCCAAAAUGUCAUUGGUAUUCCACUGAAAUUUCUUCACACUAUUACAAACCCAUACGAAGUUAUUGCUUUGAAUGUAAUGAGACAGUCCAGAUCUGCCGUAGAGAUAAAUGACGCGAAGGAUGUUUUCGCCCUUGUGGAGACAAAUGCACAAAUAAGGAAACUAUAUGGUGAUGCAGUAUUAGACAUUUCUACUGACGAUUAUAUCAAUAAUCCAAGGGAGACCAUGAUACAAAUUUGUAGAUUCCUACAGGUUACAUGUUAUAAUAGCUAUCUCGAUAAAGUUGAAAAAGAACUUAAUAAGGAGUCGACGAGGGCUCGGGAUCAGGUGAUUUGGACCGACGAGGAGAAGGAGUGGGUCGCUGCAGAAAUAAAUAAGUACUCUUUCCUGAAGUCUUUUGAAUUUUGAAACUUUCAUGAACAAGUAUUUUAUUGAUUGAUGGUACGAGGCCUUAAACGAGUACUCUAGUUAUUGUUUCGUAAUUUUUCUGGUAAAACAAGAAAACAUUUAAAAUUGAGGAGAUUUUGAGUAUUCAAAAAACAUCUUAAGAGGCAGGAGCUCUAUAGAGGGGCAAGGACAUACAGAAUAGCACUGGCGUUCCCUCCUUCCUAGAAGUGUAGAAUUUUAUCAAUUGACCCUUAAGGACAGUUUUUAACAUAUACGAGGUGAAGCGGGUCGUAUAGUUCAUCAUAGCAAUUUGCUUAAAGAAAGAGUAAUUUGCCUUAGCGCCGCAAUUGCUAUUGUCUGUUGUUGAAGAACCUUAGCAAGGCGUUGUGCAAUAAAUUAAUGUAAGCAAUGGGACCAGACAUUUCAGUUGAUACUCAAACCUGACUCCAAAGUGUCUAAUCCUUUAGCUCCCAUGGGUGACCAAGACAGAAUUAUUCUUUACAAUAUCACAACAAUAUCAAGCUGACAGGUGAUGAGGACAAAAAAGAAUACCAAUUAGGGGAUCAGUAGUUGAUCCAAUACCUAAUUGUCCGAACUAACAUCUAAUAGUUACAUGACCCACAAUAAGGAGAACUGCUUGUGAGAUCUGGGAGUUAAAGGGUUAACAAAAGUGUUUGAUCUUUGGAUACUUUACCUCAAGCGAAAAAAGACGCCAUAGCUAUGUUAAUGAUUAAGCAUUUCGGAUGCAGGUUAAACAUUUAAAUAAGUCACACAGUAAUCAGUUACUCGGUUAGUCAACCGAUCAGUUAUAUUGUUAUAAUUUAGUAGAUUUGUCAAUAACGUAGUCUGUUAGUUAGUCGGUCAUGCAAUUAAACCAACUUUUUCCUUAUGUA